GAUAACUGAGAUGAGACAGAGUCUCUAUACUAUAAGUAACCCAAGAUCGAAUUAUCUUCUGCAUCCAUCCACUGGACCAAAAAUAAGAUAAAAAGAAAACUAUCUAAGGCGUGGAAGCUCUGCAGCUCAUCCAUGGUACCUACCACAGCCACCGCCACCAUGUGUCCGUCUCCUCCUCUCCCAACAAUUUCUCCUUUACUCAGAACAACUCACCAAUGUCAACCAUCUCCUUCCUCACCAUUCCCAUCUUCCAUAAAGCUUGGCACCACUCUGUUUUCCAGCGAGGCCACGGUGGAUGAGAGCUCCGUGAUGAUCAAACCUGUGAAAUGGGGAUCUCAGUUAGAAAAGAGGAGGAAGAAGAGGAGGAGAAGGAGAGCAGGUUUGGAUCCUGAAGAAGAGGAAAAUGUUGUCCCAGAAGUAGAAACAGAACCAAAAGCAGUUAGUGUUCAUGUCGGAGCUUCACGGUCUGGUUUCUUGAGUCGUGUAGAAGAGGUUCAGCUUUGCUUGUACCUCAAGGAAGGAGCAAUACUUGAGAAUCUAGAAACAAGUGUGGAGGAGAAUGAGAUGUUAUCAGUGUUAAUGAAAGGCAAGAAGAAGCGUAGUGCCAAUGAAAUAUUAUGCAGAAGAAGAGAAGCUAGAGAAAAGAUUACUCGUUGUUACCGGAGACUAGUUGUGUCUAUUGCAACAGGCUACCAAGGCAAAGGGUUGAAUCUGCAAGACCUGAUUCAAGAAGGAAGCAUAGGUCUCCUUAGAGGCGCUGAGAGGUUUGACCCUGAACGUGGCUACAAACUAUCAACUUAUGUCUACUGGUGGAUCAAACAGGCCAUCUUAAGGGCUAUAGCUCACAAGUCUAGACUAGUCAAAUUGCCGGGAAGCAUGUGGGAGUUGACAGCCAAAGUUGCAGAAGCUAGUAAUGUUUUGAGCAGAAAGCUAAGGAGGAUACCGAGCUGUGAAGAGAUUGCAGACCACCUUAACAUCCAUGUAUCAGCGGUUAGACUUGCUGUAGAAAGGAGCAGAUCCCCUGUCUCGUUGGAUAGAGUCUUAUCUCAUAAUGGCCGCAUGACGUUGCAGGAGAUUGUACGUGGACCAGACGAAACAAGACCAGAGGAGAUGGUGAGAAAGGAGCACAUGAAGUAUGAGAUUAAGCAGCUUUUGGGAACUCUUACCGCUAGAGAAUCUAGAGUGUUGGGACUCUACUUUGGACUCAACGGAGAAACUCCUAUGUCUUUUGAAGAGAUAGGUAAGAAGUUGAAGCUUUCAAGAGAGAGGGUGAGACAAAUCAAUGGCAUUGCCUUAACAAAGCUACGAAGUGUACAUAACGUGAAUGAUCUGAAAAUAUACUAUUCCUCUAGUGAAUGAGAAAAUAUAAAAUAAGAACAAAAGUUAUAUAAUA